UCAUGACAAUCAUGAACCUCAUCCUCAUAUUUUAAUUUAUAUUUCUGCCACAACACCCGUUUAUUUGAGAAUAAAAUUCGAGAAUAAUUGCUAUGGAAUCUCUGCCAAAUGCGCAGCCAAAUGAGGCUUCUGGUAGCCAUACCGGCGGCACGUCGCGAAGCCAGAGCUUCUCUUCCCAGAAAUCCGAUGAUUCCCAUACAGCAGCGGAGUAUGUCAUGCGAAAUGUACAAUUCAUUGGAUGCUAAUGUAUGUGAUAGAUUUAUCACAACUCAAUUGAAGCUUGAGGCCGAAGCGCGUGAAGCAUUACCCUACGUAACCAUACACUACCCUCAAUUCCAUGAAUACUUUACUGAUUGAGCAAAUAGAGCAUUGAUACCUGCACAAAGCCUCUUGGAUCUUUGCGACAAAUCUUGUUUGCUUGUUUGACAUGCAAUCCAGCUCCGUGCAACUCACCCGACCCGUAUAAUCCAGCCGGUGUCUGUUAUUCUUGCUCAGUACAAUGUCACGGCGAGCACAAUCUAGUAGAAUUAUUCAACAAACGGAACUUUACUUGUGAUUGUGGCACGACACGCUUCCCAUCAACUUCACCAUGCAGCUUGCGCAUCAAUGCAGAGACAAACACAAAGGGCAAUGUACACUCAGAAGCUCCAGAUUCGAAGAAUAAAUACAAUCACAAUUUCAGAAAUCAUUUCUGCGGCUGCGCAUGCGACUAUGAUGCUUACAAAGAGAAGGGUACGAUGUUUCAAUGCUUGGGUCUAGGUGGUGCUGAUGAAGGUGGUUGUGGCGAGGAUUGGUGGCAUCCUGGAUGUAUUGCAGGUUUAGGUCCAAAUUGGUACGAAAUGAUGAGCAACGAGAGCUCAUCCAAUAAGUCAAAGCAAAAAAAUGAAGGCCCGCUCGAAUCCAUUGCAGAAGUUGCAGAAUCGGCCGCGUUAGAAGCAGAUAACGAUGGAACUGGGCACAAGAAAAGUGAAACGAAUGCGCCGAAAAGCGAUGCAGCCGCCGAAGAAGAUGAAGAGGAGGAGGAAGAUCCACCUUUACCUCCAGGAUUUCCUGAUGAAGACGAUUUUGAAGGAUUUAUUUGCUACAAAUGUGUUGAUGCAAAUCCAUGGAUCAAAAGAUAUGCCGGAACACCUGGUUUUCUCCCGCCUGUUUUCAAAAGAAGUGCUGCUCCUUCUCCUGAGAGUGACGUUCCGACCAAAUCUAUGGAUCUACUUACCCCGCCGAUACCUGAGUCUAGAAAACGCAAAUACGAGGAUGAUCAGAUUUUGAAUGGUUCUUCAACUUCGAAACGAAUCAAGAGUGAGGAAGGAGGAAAGCCAGCCGGAGAGGAAUCCAAAAGCAACGAUAACAGCACACCUGCAGCAUGCAAAUUCAAGGGUUUACCAAAAGCACAAGAUGGUCAAAUGUCUUUGUUUUUCACGUCCAAAUUUCGAGAUCAUCUCUGUCAUUGUUCAGACUGCUUUCCAAAACUAUCGAAACAUCCACAACUUCUGGAAGAAGAGGAAACCUACGAACCGCCAGUAUCAGAAGAGGGAGAUCGAGGAAGCACGGUCGGCAGCGGAAGCAUAUAUGAUCGUGGCGAAAGUGCUCUUAAGAAUGUUGAUCGUGUUCGGGCAAUUGAAGGUGUAAUGGCGUACAAUCAUUUGAAGGAUAAAUUGAAGCCGUUUUUCCAAAAAUUUGCAGAAAGUGGACAGGCUAUUAGUGCAGAAGAUAUUAAAGAACACUUUGCGAAGAUAAGAGGUGAUGAACAGGCUAUUAGGGGUGCUGGUGAGGGUACUAAGGUGGAGGAUAAUAGGAAGGAGCAAAGUGGUUAUUGAUUCGUGGGUGGGGCAACGACUUGUGGUUUUAAUAAUGUAUGAUAUUGAUCAGAAACUUUAAUGCAUUUUUAAUU